AUGUCAUCGAGAUACUUCAGCUUAUGGUCAGUUCUAUUCGUCGUUGGACAAGCAACAGAUACUUCGUUCAAUCGACAUAGCUUUGAUGAAUGCACGACUUGGAAUUCAACUGGAAUUAAAUCUAUCAGUAGCGUAUCAUUAAGUCAACCUGUUGGUAUAUUUAUUAACCGGAAUAAUACAGUUUACGUAGCUGAUCAAAAUGGCCAAGUUCUCAUUUGGUGGAACAUUUCUAGUAAUCUAUUAACAACUAUAAAUAAUAAUUUGAAUUUCCCCACCUCAAUUUUUGUUACAAUUAAUGGUGAUAUUUACGUUGAUAACAGUUCACCGUCUGGCAACAGAGUUGAUAGAAGGAUAUUAGGUUCUAGCAGUUCCAUUCCUGUAAUGAUGAUUGAUUCCUUUUGCUCUGGCCUCUUUAUUGAUUUUAAUGACACUUUAUACUGUUCUAUAUAUGACUAUCACAAAGUGAUAAAAGGAUGGUUAGGUGAUAACACUACAUCUUCAACGCUUGCUGCUGGAACCGGCAGUGCAGGUUCUGAUUUAAAUCAGCUCAAUACUCCUCGUGGUAUUUUCGUUGAUACUAAUUUUGAUUUAUAUGUGGCUGACUCUCAAAAUAAUCGUAUCCUGAGGUUUCGCUCAGGACAACCAAAUGGAACCACGCUUGCAGGAAGCACUUCACUAAAUAUUACGAUUACACUCAACUCACCUGCUGAUGUUGUGGUUGACCUUGAUUAUUUCCUAUUCAUCGUUGAUGAUGAUAAUAAUCGAAUUAUUAGAUCAAGUCGAAAUGGUUUCCAUUGUAUCAUCGGGUGUAAUGGAGGUAGUCCAUCGUUCACCCAGCUGUCAGAUCCCAGUCGGAUGGCUUUCGAUAGCUAUGGCAACAUCUAUGUUACGGAUUAUGGCGCUCGUCGUGUCCUAAAAUUCUUAUUGUCGAAUGACCUAUGUAAUCAUUCCACAACUCAACCAACAUUUCUCACUUCGACAAUCGAGAAAAAAUCAACCUUUGAAAUUUCAACGGCACUAUCAACCCAAACAAGCACAUUUCCACACCAAGGUAUAUCUCCUACGAAUGUGUCACACUCAACAACACACGUCAGUUCAUCAAUGACUAUACCUUCAACUUCAACAUCAUCCUUUCCGGUAUCGACUUUUAUUCCACCUUCUUGUACGUCGAAUACAAUUGGCAUCACCUGCAACAUUUCGUCCACACCCUGUCAUAUCAUGCAACCUUGUCAGAACGAUGGCACCUGCUUCGAUAAUAAAACCAACAGCAACAGUUAUGACUGUUUGUGUCUGCAAGGUUUCAAUGGGUCAAUGUGUGAAAAUGAUCAUCGACCUUGUCAACCAAAUACUUGUUUUAACAGAGGUGAAUGUAAUGCAGCAUCGAAUGGAGGAUUCAAGUGUUCAUGUGAAUCAGGAUGGACGGGUGAUCAUUGUGGUUACAAAUGUGAGUGUUUGAGUGGAAGUUAUUCUGGUCGACAUUGUGAAAUCAUUUCUCGAACGUUGUACGCGCGAAUAGUGACAUCGAAAUCAGUAGGUUAUACGGGUUAUGUGAUAGUCGGUAGUGUGUGUUUGUUUGUGGUGGUGUUGGAUGUACUGAAACAUGUAUUUGGUGUUGAUGUGGCUCGGAAUGAAUUGGGAAAGAUCCGAAGACGAAGACGACCACGAAUCAAGACACGGAAGCGACCAGCGAGAAUCGAACGAUUUGCUUAUAUUGAUGAAUCGGUGUAA